AUGGACUCUCAUGUGAACAACUUGGAACAAAAUAGUAUAAUUUGGAAAAUUGCAAAAAAACUUAACCAACGUUUAUCUAUCUAUCUAUCUAUCUAUCUAUCUAUCUAUCUAUCUAUCAAUCUAUCUAUCUAUCUAUCCCAAAGAGGAUAUCGGCUUGGAUUGAGGAAUCGGAGAGCCGAAGAGAUCUAUCUAUCUAUCUAUCUAUCUAUCUAUCUAUCUAUCUAUCUAUCUAUCUAUCUAUCUCAAUCUGUUCCUAUCUAUCUAUCUAUGUCGAAAACAGUGCUUAGAGCAGCAUUGCACUCCGCCUAUUUGAUUUCUUUCUUUCUUUCUUUCUUUCUUUCUUUCUUUCUUUCUUUCUUUCUUUCUUUUAUUUUUUUCCUCUUUCUUGCUUUUACUUUUCCUGAUUUUUUCAAACCAGGAAAAAUGCAACUUUCCUUUUGUUGUCUCUUUGUUAUCUAUCUAUCUAUCUAUCUAUCUAUCUAUCUAUCUAUCUAUGCAUUUAUGUAUUGGGUGUAUGUAGGUGGCAAAUGUUCAUUCAAACAGGUAUUUUGA